CACCCUCCGAAGCUUCAGCACAGUGUCCCCCAUCACUAUUUUUACGUGUGUGCUUCGUAUUUUUGAGUGGAGUGGAGAACCCAGAUGUCAACAAAAAUCGAUCCACGCAUUUGUAAAUCUUAGUUCACCUUUUUGGAUCAUAUCAUGCGCAUUCGUAGCCCUUUUUUACGCAAAUUUCCCUCCAUACUCGUUGGCACCUCCUACAUUAAGUAGGAGUUCAUGAGAAAUGAAACCUAAGUUAAACCAUUAUAAAACAGCUGCAGUCACGCUGGUCUGACCCCACCCCUUCAGUGUGAAUCAGAGAGUCAACAGAGACUCUUUGUAAAGUCCGUUAGAGACACGAGCAAAAUUCGAGGACUUGAAAGACUUGAACUUGAACAAGGAAUCAUUUUUAACUUAUCUAAACGGGACAUCCUGCUUUAAAAAAUUGAGGACCAGCACCGCCUACACAAUAUGAAGACCUUCUCCACAGCCCACAAAGAGCUCCUGGAGAAGCUGAAAGCUGAGCAGCUGAUCUUACAGGAGAAAACAGACGAUGAGAAUGUGAGUCUGGAAAAGUGGGAGAAGAGUGAAAGAGAGAAGCUGGGUCGCUGCAGUGUGCGUCUGAUUGAGGCUGUGACUAAGCUACGUGACAUCUCUCUGACCAGCGUCCAGAGCUCAGUCUCUGCUCGCCUGGAGCCCAUCAAAGCAAGCAAGAGCAGCCUGGAAGCAGCACAGAAGGAGAAGGACACCUUCAGAUUCCUGCAGAUGUAUUCUCAGGUGCAUCAGGAUGUGGAAAAGGCCAAGACUGUCGAUCUGAAAAAAGGGCUGGAGCCGGGCAGCCAUCGGGACAAACUGGUUGAGGAGAUAAGACAGAAUGGGGAGAAGAUGGUGAGUCAGGCGUCUCAGUUCUGGGGAUCAUUGCUGACUCUGGUUGAUCCCGAACACAACCAGGAGCUUGUUCCCACUGAUUCACACCUGAUCUUUGAGCCACAGUCUCCGGAACAUGAUGUGUUACUUUCCACUGACAAGAGGAAGGUUUUGUGCACUGAUUGGACGGCACUUUAUUCUUCCCACAUGUUCUUCAUUAAGAGUACACUUCCUAUUCCUGACUUUAAGAGAUGGGUGAUCAGCUUUUCCAAAGACUGUUAUUGGGCCAUCGGUUUAUGUGAUGGCACUUAUGCUACCAAUAUGAUAGACGGACAUGUCUAUGGCCUAUGCUACAAAGAUAAUCAGCUCACCUCUGUCACAAGAAAGUCUAGUUUGGAUAUUAAUGAAACUCAACCUAAAAAGGAGUUUCGAAGCCAGGCAACUCAAAGGCCCCGACAGCAUUAUAAGCCAGCAGUUUCCAAACAAGUGAUCAACACUCCAGGUGGAAAUGUGGAACCACAGAUGAACAGACCACAAAUAGUGGAAGUUGUGUGGAACUUUCCAUCGUCAUUGUCAUUUUUCACCAGGAUCGGGCAGCACCAGAAAGUAAACAUACUCACAAUAAAAAUCAGCUCUACCAGCUCAGACCUCAAGCCUUUUGUUCGUCUCGACGGUUUAGAAAAUGAAGUGUACUCCAAUGCGGCACAUCCACCACUAUAUGGAAUGGGAUACCAAGUCCAGCAACAAUAUCAGAAUCAAUGGAAAUGCUCAUGUGGGAAGAUUUAUAAUGAGUCUAGGGAUGGAUACCGUUAUGGAGGGUCUUUUUAUUCUAAGUCUUCCCAAUCAACCUGUUCUUGUGGAAGGCCUAUUUCUUCCCCUCUAAGUAUAGCAGUGCUUUGUGAACUUAUGUAACCAACACCCAAGCUGUUGUAUCAAACAUCUUUAGUUUCAUGUGUACACUGUAAAUUAUCUAAUCAAUGAUAAAGUCAUUGGAGUUUGAAGAUUUGGAACGUUUUUAUUGUCUGAAUGAAAUGAAUUGUAAGUUUUUUUUAAAUAUAUUGUGAAGUUUUUUAUUUUAAUGCUGUUAUUCUGUUCUGCGGUUUGAGUCUAAUGUAGUUUUCUUAUCCUGCCUUCUAUUUUAAAGUUUUUGUCUCUAUCUACUGGUAUUGAAUGCAUUGCUUCACAGCUGGGGUAUUCGACAUUUUUUUGUGUUAAAGUAACCUUUCAGCAUGCUUCAAAUAGACUCCUGAACCUCAUCUAGGGCCUGUUUACAGACUUUAUCCAGCACACAGCAGGCACUUUGGCUAAUCAUGUGCAUUUAUCCCUGUGUGGGUUUGAUGGGAGGAGGCUAAGAUGCAGAGUGAUAUAAGUAAACAGAAAUAUUUAGCUUCAUGUGUACACACUGUAAAUGAUCUAAUCAAUAAUAAAGUCAUUGGAGUUUGAAGUUGUGGAAUGUUUUUAUUGACUGGAUGAAAUGUAAUGUGACUUUUGAAAUAUAAAAACUGCCUUUUUUAAAUCUUCACUCAAAUAUGACAAAGAAAACAAACAGUUUACAUAAGAACAAUUUGCAAUGAACUGUGUGAAACUAAAUCCUGUUAAAUACUCACACUGAAGGACUUCUGAAGCUAACAUGAAGGAAUCAGUUUAUUUAAAGGCUUUAAUCAUUACAGUAAGUCUACUUGAAGCUCUCGUUUGUAAAAGGAAACACAAACAAACUUUGGUAUUGAUCAGGAGCAGCUGAACCAGGUAAGACAAAAGUACAAAUAGAUUCAAUAACAUCUGUACUGUAAGUUCAGCACUACAUUACUACAUGCUGUCUGUGCUCCCAGAUUGUACUCAUUGCACUAACAGAUCAUUUAUAGAAAGUAUAACUCAUUAAAGUGCAAAACUUUAGCAAAGGAAUGACAGGUUUUCU